AUGACGAACGAUAAUAUGAAAAAUCCUUCUACAGCCAUUGGGAACUACCCUGGCGAGGGAAUCAAUCAUGGUUGCAACGAUUCCGGGGAUCAAAACGUGGUCGAAGAGCAACUGGGUGAGGACAAGUUUGGCAAGGGCAAGUCGUGGAGGUUUUGGGCCAUCUUCCCAGCCCUCAUUACCGCCUUUCUCCCCGUCAUCGGCCAACUUGCAGACUCCUGGGGCCGUCGCUGGCUUAUGAUCGGGAGCGUGGCCAUCUUCACCCUCGGCAGCGGCAUCUGCGGCGGCGCCGACAACGCUGCCGUCCUCAUUGCUGGGCGCGAGCGGGGCAAGUUCAUCGGGCUCGUGAAUGCGUUCUUCGCGAUUGGUCUCUUCGUCGGGCCAUUUAUCGGCGGCACUAUUAUCGAGAAUACCAGUUGGCGAUGGGUGUUUUGGAUUAGCUUGCCGGUUGGAGGUGUCGCGCUGGUGAUGCUGUUUGCCUUUCUGCGAGUGAACUAUGUCCAGGCGCCGUUCAAGGAGAAGAUGAAGCGGAUCGAUUAUCUGGGUAGUAUUAUGGUGCUGGGUUCCACGACUUCUAUCUUGUAUGCCCUAACAUACGCCGGGACGGACUAUGCAUGGUCAGAUGCACGUGUUCUCACUCCACUGAUUAUCGGAGUCCUUGGGCUGAUCACUUUCCACAGCUACGAAGCCUCCCAGUUCUGCGCAUAUCCCACGAUACCCCCGCAUUUAUUCGGCAACCGCACCUCGUCAAUCGCAUUCCUCAUUACAUUCAUCCACUCCCUCACGACGCUCUGGGCCCUUUACUUCCUCCCCGUCUACUUUCAAGCCGUUCAGCUCGCCACACCCAGCCAAUCCGGCGUGCGCAUCCUCCCCACUGUCCUAGGCAUGUUGCCAGCAGCCGUCAUCUCGGCUCAAUACCUCACGCGGACGGGCAAAUACAAGCUCCUCCAUAUUGUCGGGAUGGUCCUCAUGGCUGGUGGAAUGGGAAGCUUCGCCGCCCUAGAAGCUGAAUCUCACGCGGCUUUGUGGAUUAUCCUCCAGCUCGUCGCUUCCCUCGGUAACGGAAUUCUUGCUACUUCAGUUCUCCCUGCCGUUCAAGCUGGUCUCACCGAUGAGGAUAACGCCAGCUCGACAGCUACGUGGGCGUAUAUCCGCAGCUACGGUGCCAUCUGGGGAGUCGCCAUCCCCGCAGCGGUAUUCAAUAACAUAUUUUCGAAGAAUUUGUGGAGGAUUGCGGACCCUGCGGUGAGGGCUGCUCUAGACAAUGGGAACGCAUAUGCCUUCGCAGCUCGGGAUUUCGUCUUGUCUUUUCCAGAGGGGGCUCAGUCAAGUGUCGUGGAGGUCUAUACGAUUGCUUUGAGGAUGACUUGGAUUAUUUCGGCGGCGAUCACGGGUGCCACCGGGAUAUUUACGUUAUUCGAGGUUGAUAUUCCGCUGCGAGCAUCGCUGAGGUCUGCGUUUGGUAUUAAAGAGCCAAAGAGGGAGGCUAAGAGUGAGGCUUAA